AUGGCUGCGCCAACCUACCUCAGCACGUACGCUCGCACUCUUCCAAAGAGCUGCCCCGUACAGAAAUCCACUUCUACCUCCUCCUCUGCCUCGGACAGCGACGACCUGAAUGCGCCAGAGUUGACCUCGGGCGCAUCACAUCACUCUUCCUCUGCACAAGAAGACGAGAUCAACACCGACGUUUCCCCGAUUUCCCCAACCUUCAUCAUCCCCGAACUACCGUCCGCCGGAACAGACAGUCUGGGUAUAGGUCUAGGCUUGUCACUCGACUGCAGUGGCAAGCGCGGGAUCAGCAUCAUAUCCUUCCCAACUCUGAAAACCGACGUGGACCCGGCGGUUGCCCCAAACCGCGCCGCAUCUCCCGUGGGCGCUUCCUCCCCCGCUCGUCCUGCCUGUCUUAGCCUGCCGAGCGACGAUGGCUACGAAGGAGAAUACGAGCACCGGCGUGGUCGGUCCGCAUGCCGCCCGCGCCCGCGUCACCAUUACCAUUAUCAGCACCAUCAGCCACGCGUGGUCAUGUACCGCUCGGAUUCUGACUCGGACGAUCAGAAGGCCAACCGUCCGGAAGUCGCUCACCGUCCAGCGUUUAACACUCACCAGGGCAGUCAAAUACCGCCCUCCUCUCCCAACAGGAAGGACAACCCACGCAUUCGUACUCCCUCCCCUCUCGGCAGCGACCAGUCCACCCCUAAAGCUUCUGCCAUCAUCCCCUGCCCCUCCGGCCAACACUCUAGCCGCUACCUCCAAGUCCCGGAAGCCAAUGGCGAACACCUACUGGCGGCUGCUCUCAAGGGUCUUGGAAUUCGUCAUGUUAGUUCUCCAUCAAACGGUCGUAUGUCUCCUGGCAAGCAUAUGACCCCCGGCGGCGAGUGCAAGCUCGACAUUCCCGGUAUAUCCGUGCGUGUGGAAGAAGUUGAUCCAGAUGAGCCCUCACUGUCCCUGGAGCAGAAAUCGAAGAAAGCAACGCUCUCCAAUACCCCCCGUCGUCCGUCCAACCCUCCCUCUAUCUACCUCCACUCCGCUCCCCGCCAACGCACGCGUAACGUCUCCCCCCUCUCUCGCCCACACGUCCCUUCCUCUCCGCCUAUCCCUCCCCGCCUACGUGGCUCCCCACUCCUCGCACAGAUGGGGCACAAGAACCAACCCCGUGUGUUCUCCGCUCCUGUCAUAUCCAGCGCCGAGCAGAUGGAAAGCCUGAUGCUGCAGGACGACCGGAUGCAUAAACACAAGAUGUUUGCGCCCGACCGCCCCAAGGAGAAGAGACUCAAGUAUGUCGUCACUCCUCCACCGACUACAAAGACGCGCAACGUAUUUGACGGAGAGACCACGGUGGGGUUCAACCCGUAUUUCAAAGUUCUUUAA